AUGCCUGUUGAUUUUGCUGCUGGAUGGGCCCGAUUCGUUCCCAUGAUCGGGUACCACCAUGUGUUGAUGAUUAUCAUUGCAGUUGCUAUUAUUUUACUGUCAUUAUUAUUGGCCGGGUGUUCCUCAUCAUCUCCGCAAAUCCCCAAUAUCUUCUUGAUCUCGCUCUACUAUGAAAGCUACAAACCCGACUUCGACCUGUCACAAGUCCAACCUGAUGUCACAACAGCUAUCGCACAUAUCGUGGCCGGUGCUGAACUAGAAGUCCGAGUCGGAUACUUCGGUAUCUGUAUUCAACCCGACCACGGUUCCUACAUUUGCAAUGCAAAUGCCACAGCGCUAGCAGAGGUUGUCACAGUGGACCAAGACCCACUCAAUCUUAUUUGGGUUGCCUCGACCUUCAAGGAUGCAGUAGUAUUCCCAUACCUCCUUAUUGUGGCCGUUGUGCUCGCUUUCUUGUGUUUCAUUUUGCUUGCCACAUUCCCUGGCUGGCACGAAGAGCGCGAUGACGCUGGCUCCGAGCUUGAAGUCAAGCCCUUCCCCUCUCGCCCUGUUUCACAAGCAGCACUCGCCCUCAUCUUCGUUUCCUCAGUAUUUGUCCUAGUGUCCGUGUUAUGGCAACAUACAGCGUCCGUCGCAGCAAGUACUAUCGCCCAAGAUAUGGGCAACGGAAGCGUCAAGAGUGGAGUCGGUUCAUCAGCCAUGGUUCUUGGCUGGUUCGGCUUUGUUCUUUUGGUGGUCGUAACCAUCGGCCUUCUUGUUAUGAUUCUCAGCAUCAAACUCAUCAGGCAAUUAACAGAUGAUGAAUGA